AUGCGUGAAGAGGGAAACAUUCAUGCGGCAGUGAGCUGGGUGGAGCCAGUGUUCUCCGACAAUUCGGGCCAAAUUGUCGCUGUUGAUUCAAACAGACAAAGUGGAGCUAGCUUUGCUGUUCCUGGUGUCUAUGACGUUGUAUAUACCGCAUCGGAUGGAUCUAACAACGUGAACAAAAACUGCACUUUCAAAAUAACAUUGAAAAGUAAGUUACUAUCAAUUGAAAAACAUUUCAUCAAUUACAAAUACUUGAAUGAAAGCUUUUAACCGGUGUGGUCAUUUCUUGCUUCGGUCUGUGCAAGCUUCCCCCUAUUUCAACAGAGGGAUAAUUUUGAAAAAAUGUAUGUUAACAUGACGUGUUUUGUUAGGCUUCGUCUAUGUAUAUCCUCUAUUAGAAAAGCCAGUUUAUUUACCCCAACAAAGUACAUUCGCCACCAACUCGCUAAUUUCCUUCAUUAUAAAUUUUAGAUCGCAUGACAUGCCAAGCGACCACAAUUAAAUAUUAAAGCAUAACAAUACCUCAAGAUUUACUUUUGGGGAAAAAAUUGUUCUGGGUAUCCGAGCGAGAAAUAUUGCUAGCAAUCAUAUGCUCCGAAUACACCUUUGACCCAGGCCUGCAGUCCCUUGAGUAUUCAUAAUAAUGAAACAAUUAAUUGCAUUAUGAGAGGUAUUAUAAUGGAAACAAACAAAAAGAACAAGGUAUGCCCAUAUUAAUUCAAUGAAUGCUCGUUCUUUUAUGGUAAUCAAACUUGAAAAAAUAAACUCUAGUCUCAAAGUCUCAGAUUUUAGUCUUGUAGCUUUCGACUGUAUCGCACAGUCUUCAUCAGCAUAGGGCAGGCAGCUGGGGCUCUGGGAGAUAGACUGGGCGAACACCAAACCAAACAACAUCUGCAGUGUUGGAACAUCAGUCCAAAGCCAAACAUGAGGGGAGGAGGACAGGAGGGGAUGGGGGGUCAAGUUUCUUGACCAAGAGACGGUGGACAGUAAAAGAAAAAUUAAGGAGGUCAUCAAUAUCAGACGGUAGCGCCCAGCCCUAAACAGAGAUGGGGGCUAAGAAAUUCCUGCGAUAUUUUAAUCAUUUGUUGUCUCGUGAUUAAUUCACGAGACAACACUGAGCUUUUAUUGCUAAUGAAGAUUGUGCAAUACGGUCGAAAGCUACGAGACGAAAAUCUGAGACUUUGAAACCUACAGAAUUUAUUCUUUUAAAUACCAAUAUUGUUAAGAAAUGAUGAAAUUGACGAGUCCUUAUUAUUGUAGACUGCAACAUUUCCAAAGAAUCUGAAAGAAUUUUUCUACGAUUUUCUUAAUGUAAAAGGGCAAAAUAAUUAAGCCAGGUCAGUUGUUUCAACAUCAGUGACCAGGGCAUAAGUUUAUACAAUUAUUCGUAUAUGUACCUGAAAUCCAUUUUUUUGCAAACCAUAGUGUUAAAGGUUCAGAGGGAUAGAAGUUUUGUUGUGCCUCUUGCCUUUACAGAUGAAAAACAGUGUACUCCUUUUACUCCUCCUCGUAACGGUGCCCUGGUGUGUGCAACGAAAGGUACACCUUGCGCAGUCAUGUGUCGAACUGGUACCGAUUUUGAAUCUAAUCCACCGUUACUGUAUUUCUGUUCGAGUGGAGUGUGGCAGUUUUUUGCGUUUUAUCACUUUAAAACAGGUACUCCCGGGCCAAACUGUGCUGGUAAGUCUCUAAAUGUUCGUAAUAUAUUUGUUUGUUUUUCCCUUAAAUAAAGGGAGAAUGUCAUGAGGAUGGUGUUGUUAUAUUAGGCCAAUUUCACGGUGGGGUCAUUGCUUGGUACCGUUCAACCAUACAAAUUAAAAAAAUACUCCUUUAGAGUUAUGGAGACGAUAUGAAACUAACUUCAUGAGGGAGCACAAACCAAAGUUUUGGUGAUUGUUAGGUCAACUUUUUUAAAGUUUCAAUUUAUGCCCAUCCUUACCGUCGGUUGCAACAGACGACAGGAAACAGUUCAAAUGCCUGAAUAUAGUCUUAAAUAACAAAAUUGGACCAUUAUUUUUGGAAUUAAAUUCAUGUGAAAACACUUCUUGCAUGGCUUUUUAAAAAGAUAGCAAAGAGCCUUUAAAGCUCAUUUAUUAUUUACCAGGCUAUUUAUAAAGCCAAUCAGAAUGUCCCGUUUUGGUCAGCUGCAUAUGCAGUGGAGGAUGCAGGGAAGGGGCCCGCCCCCUUAUUUUUAGACCAAACGGGCCGUCCCCCCUUAUCUCAGGGUCUGGAUGACCGCCCCCCCUCCACUCCCCUUAUCUGACGGUCUGGAUCCGCCACUGGUAUUUAUGCUCAACAGUAAAACAGUGCAUAAUACGUCUGGUUAGUUUCAUAACUUGUCAAGACACUCAGAUUUUAAACCCUAAAAAAAUAAUGAAAGUUAAACAAAAUUAAACUUAUUCACCUUAUUCUAAAAUGGCGUCAAAUUUUGUUUUUAUUUUCUCCAUAUGAUUGAACCAUUGUUUAAAGGUAAAUAAAAGUUUUUAAUGCUGUAGAUGCAAUCAAAGCAAAAAGGACUAAUUAACAUAAGUAUUAAAGAAAAGUUGUAUUGUCGCCAAUUUUUAAUAAUGUGUAUAAAACACUUCUACUUGUUCACCAAAUUUACAUAAUACACUGUAUACAAUGUAAGUAGAAAACCGGAUGUAAUCUAAAAUAACCAGUUGACUUAAGAAUAUCGGUUGUUUACCACUUACAAAAAGUUUCCAGAAAAUCCGAUUGGAAUGUAAAUUAAAACGAUUUUCGGGUCGUUUCAGCGGAAAAUUUCCGGGAGAAACGGAAUUUCUUAAAAGGUAGUCAAGUGUUCCUUUUCACAAUGCUCCAAAGAGAAAUUCAUUAUCCAUUCCUUUGAUGCCAUCUUUGAUACCAGUAUCAGCCUUUCGGGGCUGUUUUUGGCAGAUGGAAGUGAUUUUUGCAAAUGGUAAACACCCAUUCCGGGACGAAAUAUAUCAGUCCUGACUUUUGCUUACACUGGGAUUUACCCAAAUGGUGAACCACAUCGGGUUGCCCGUGUAAAUGGGUCAAACUACAAGGUUACCGUUCUCUAAGACAAUAAAGCAGAUUGGGACGUUAACAUGCGACGACGGCGACGGCAACGAGAACGUCAAUAAAGCAACAGGUUUAAAAGCGAAACAACAACUCUGCACGUGCAUUACGCUUUUUAAUUUUGUGCAUUUUUUUGCCGUCGCUGCACGACUACGAUGUAAAAAUGCCUGGUUUUACCUUCUAUGGAGGACGCGCGCGACGACGCAUUUUUUUUUUCUUGUGAACUUUCAUUUUGUUCGUAUGAAUUCAGCUCCAGGGGAGUACGCCUACAUUCAACAAAGUAAGUGAGUUAGAAUAACCACGAUAUGAAGAUUGAAAUAACGAGACAGCGCUUUUUAUAUGACGCCUUCGCCGCCGUCCUCGGACCUUAGGUUAUGUUCAGACUAUAGAUCGUUUUCGCUACGACGCAACAAAAUAUUAAAUUGGAAACCGUCCAGUGGAAGAAGCCAAGAAAAUGAAAUGUUAUAAAAGACUAAUAUAUAAACAAUUUUUCCAAGUCUCAAGUCUUUGUGGCCCACACUUUCUGAGUUAUUUGCCGAAACGUUUCACGCACCUUUGUAGAGCUUUGUAUGGAGACGCCAUAUUGGUGCGCCAAUAUGGCCGCCGGAAAUCAACAAAAACAUUUGGAGUUCACUUUUUCUGUAAAAGCUCGUUCUUUUCACUCAAGGACUAGCAUACGUACGCAUAAACAUAUCCUGUAAUAUUUGAAGUGGCUAUACGGCUGAAAAUCAAGAGGAGAGACUUUUUUCAACGAGACAGCAUUGCUAUUUUGGUGUCACGCACUGUGAAAACUCGGAAGUUCAAAUUGCUGUAUUUUCGAAAUGAAACAUGCUACGGAAAUGGAAGCUUGUACAAAGAUUUACUUUUUGUUUAUCUUCAACCUAGUGUAAAUAAGAAUUCGUAAAACCUCGCUAUUUUGACUUUACAAUUUGAUGACGUUACAGUGAAAACCAUCUAUACUCAGAUAGCUUUUCGUACCGACACGAAAAAUUAUCCGGCAACACCUAUCCGAUAUGAUAUUCUUCACUUUAGAGAUCGGCGCUUUGCAGCUUCGAUCAGUUACAGAAAUCGCGCCGAAAUCACCAUCCUUCAAGCGCACCAGAAUCGCGGAAAGAGCACCUGUACCAGUCCUACUCCGCAAAACACAUUACAUGAGAGCAGAGCGCUCGUUUCACCGCCCAAUCUUUAUCCGCCCAGGUGUAAACAGACGCCCUAACCAUGGCGGUAUAUGGAUUUCGUACCGGCGAAAAAGCUAUGGUAUAGUGUGAAUAUAACCAUAAGCUCCCUACCUUUCAUACAUCUCCUCUUAUACGUAAUUCAAUAAAGGUUGCUUUGACGUGGUCUUUAGUAAUUGGGCAUUUCGGUAUACGGAACGAUCACUGCAACGGUUUGCAAUGAUUUGCUUGAAUGACUGCCAAACAAUCGGUUCGCAAUGCGCAAUUACCAAUCCCCGAUGCAACCCGCUUAUUAAUCGCUAAUAUAAAUGAUAACGUUCUAUUCAUGGAGAUUUUUCCUUACCUUUGCCUUUUUCUAAAACCUUGUUGCAGUUGGUGUGAAUCCUUCCCAGAUAAAGCUCUUCAACCUGCCAUUUUUCUACUUUGAUGGAGAUGCGCCAAACGUCCAGGACACCAUCAAGAACAACUUCUACCAGUUUUUAAUGUCACCGUUUGUUCCGCCUUUUUUCUGCCAGAAUUCCCCUCAUUUAUGCUUGAAGAAUGACAUGUCUGUUUCUCUAGGAGUCAAAGGUAAAUGUUAG